AUGGAAUACAAGUCCCCCUUUGAGCUUCGAUUGCAACUGUUGGAUUCUAGCAGCCCCUCAUCCGCGAAGGGACGACAACGAAGAAGGAGCAGUCCGUCUGGUGUUGUGGGCCAGGCGCCCGCCACCAACUCUGUUCAGAAUGAUACGUUGGUGGAGGGUGAUCCUGACGACCCCACUGCUCUGGUCCGUGAACUGCCGGCCUUGGAUAAACUCAAUGCACUUAACGCCUCACUGAAAAAUGAAGAGGCAGUGCAAAAUUAUGUGGAGGCAAAAAACCUUUCUGUUGAAGAAGCUGCAAAAUAUAUUAUGGAAAAUGGAAGCACAGGUCAGAAGAUGUCUUUGUUUCAGCGCCUAGGUGAAACUCUAAUUGGCUUGGACAUGGCAAGUAUAUCUCAAGUUUUAAUGAUUGUCGUGGAUUUUAUGUGGGUUCAAGAUCCAGAGUUACAGUGUUUCGCACCAGGAGCUUUGCUUGAGGUGCUUCCAUUGCUGAAUAAUACAGUUGCAAGAGAACUAAUGAUGGUGACGAGUACAAUGCUAAGCGUCAAAACAGCAGAGGUUCGUAUAGCAUGGAAUAAACUUUUCCUUUCUUUUGUUGACUAUCUUAGCAUCAAACAUCUUGAAAACGACGUGGUGCCUUUGGCACUUAAAAAAACAGAACAUGUGGAACCGCAGGAUCAGCGUGAACUUAGUUGUGAUCUCAUCGGUGCCGUUUCUUCUCACUUACCACGUGAUAUUGUGGAACGAAGAUUAUUAAGCAAAGUUUUGGCAUUAUGUCAAGAUACCAAUGUAGGAGUUAGAUGUCACAUGUGCCAGCAAUUAGGCAUUGUUGCUCGUUCACUGGGUGUAGAUAAAGCAAAGGAAAAAAUUGCCCCAGAAUUAUUUGAGCUACUUAAUGAUGAAGAUCAAACUGUUUCUCGUGCAGCUUUUUCUUGUUUAGUUGAUUUAGUGGAAUUUUUUGGUCCUGCGUACCGUCGAGAACAUUUGUAUCCUAUUAUCAAAACCUUUAUAUCUAAUCCACCAGAGGAAGUGGUAAGCCUUAUUGUAGGCGAAUUUGGACGAUUUCUUUGGGAGAUUAAAGGGGAUAUUCAAACCAACGAAGAUGUUAUGUUAUUCGCAAAUUUUUAUCAAAAUGCCGCUUUAAAAGGCGAUGAUGCAACCCGUCUUAGGUGUGCUUACAAUUUGCCUUCUGUUACUGCGUCUUUACCUAUUUCAGUAUUUCCCACAUAUUUAGCUCCCUGCUGUGAGGCACUUGCUACUGAUCCUUCUGAACCUGUACGAAGAAGUAUAGCUGCUGGUCUGCAUGAAUUAGUUUCUCUUCUUGGUGAUAAAGCAGCAGUACAUCUUCGUAAACCUUUUUUAGAUUUAUUGGGAGAUUCUAAAAAGAGUGUUCUAAAUGCACUUUCUGUUAAUACAUCUACUUUACUUGAUUGUUUUGUACGACAACUCAAAUUAGUUGAUCGUGUGGCGUUCUUCUCUAGUAUGGAAGAUGUAUUACUUCGACUUGUUGUGCGUGCUGAACGAGACUGGCGAAUUAUGGACUACGUACUGAAUAUUCUUUUAUCAUAUUAUAAAGAAAUGCAAGAAUCUACUUUGUAUGAUAAAUUCUUGCCUAUUCUUCUUAAGUAUGAGCGGUACGGAGCAUUUUGUCUCAAAAAUCGCUGCGCCGAAAUGUGCGUUAAAAUCGGUGCGAGCUUGUCAAAUGUAAACAAUAAGGUACAGUUUUUUAGCAAGCUAAACAAUGAGUAUGCUCAUAGCCCUUCUUGUCUUGUUCGUCAAGGAUAUUUACGUUAUGUGAGGGCUGCAUGUGAGUUAUUUUCACGACGAUUCAUCCGUGAAAGGAUGCUUGAAUGUUGUUUUGAGCUACAACAUGACCAGAUGGAGUUAGUACGAUUAGAACUAGCGCGUUUACUUCCAUCAUUGCGCAAAGUGCUUGAACCUAUUGCCCCAGGUAGUGUACUUGAGGAGUAUCAAGAUAUGGUACACCGGUUACAAAUGGAUGAAAGUAGUGAAGUACGAGCUGUAGCACAAGAGAGUCUGGAUAUAAUAGAACGGCGAGAUCGCGAACUGAAACGUGAUGCCGGUAAAGCUAAACUUGAGGAGGAUAACAGGGAAGACAGACGCCGUGAACAGGCGGAGGGACAAUUGUUAGAUGUUGCUAAGGAAUUUGAUAAGGCAGAGCGACGCUCAAAACUUCGUGACUUAUUGAAAACGGAACGGGAAAAAGAACAGGCAGAGUCGGUGCGCAAAGCUGUUGUUGGCCGACGUACUCUGAAGGGUCCAACACAGCACGUUACACGUUCUAUACCCAAAGCACAUUCACCGACUAUUAGUAACGUGACUCGCCAAAAGAGAUUACAGUAG